GUGCAAGAGAUGCAGGGCAAGUUCCAGUCCGCACUGGACAAUAUGGCUUUGGAGCUUCAAGAACUUCGCGCCGGUCGCAUUCCUCAACGGCCGGUCGACUUGACAAGCCUGAUGACAGAGCCCAGUUUGAUGACCGACGAGGACAUGAUGCACAUGAGGAACCCCAUGGGAUACGGCCCAAGUCAGGGCCGAGAUGUGAGCAUGGAGGAGGCUUACCGCACCGAUCCAGAGUUUCGCCAAGAGGUGAACAUGAGCUUGGAACAAGAUUGGGAGGCCAAACUGGCCGCACACUACGGGGAGGAUUACUACCUCUUGACUCAGGAAGAGAUGGAAGCUUGGAAUCAACAUGAACAAGAUCGCCGUCGUGUGUCCCAAGCUCCCAAGAAGAUCAAAGAGUUGCUUGAGACUGAGUACUAUGAGGAGAUGAAGAACUUUCUUGACGACGAGAUCUUUGUCCAACCGAUUGACUUGAACUUCAAGGUCAAUGAGACCCUAAUGAACGACAAAGUGUCUUCGAAUGACCAGCCCCUUGUGACCGAGAUUUACACGAGUGCGAGAAACGUGAUGCAGGAAGCAAAACGUCGUGGUCACAAAGUUGGGACAUCUAUGAGCUUGGACAAUGGUUGGAAUUUCCUGCUUCGUCGUCAUCGAGAAGCUGCAAUUGAAAAAGUGAAGACGGAGAAACCCUUUUGUGUGGUACUGGCGUUUCCGUGUGGGCCCUUCAGUCCACUCCAGUUCCUGAACAAGAAGGGACACCGCUCCUGGCCUGCUCGUCUUCAUGCAGGCCGCAUUCUGAUGAAAUUUGCCUUGGAGAUCGCCCGCAUUCAGAUGAGCGAAGGACGACACUGCAUCCUCGAGAACCCUAAGCCAUCCUUGGCUUGGAGUGAACCUGAAAUGAAGAGGUUUUUGGAGGAGGAAAAUGUUUUUCAAGCUGUCUUUGAUCAGUGCCGUUUUGGCCUUCGGAGUUCGAGAAUUACAGCUCCUGCUGGACUGUAUCCUCGGGCCUUGGCUCGCACUUUGGUUCGCGGACUGGAAGCCCAGUUCGAGAAGGACUUCAAGCCCUGUGAAGUUUUGGUUGCAGGUGUCCAUGAGGACGAUGGAGACCAAGUGGUCGCUGUUCGAGGAGAGAUUGAGGACAAUGAGGCCUCUGAUGAGGAGUUCGCAGUGUCCCCAGAUGAGAAAAAAGCUGGUGAUCCCUGGCA